ACCACAGAUACGAGCCCGUCGCCCACGAAAUCACCUGCAAAGACCGCUCGGACCGUCAAACUUGCACGCAACGAUACUGAUCUGUGCACGACCGAUUCCCCGAACGCUGCGACCUGCGAAAGGCGCCAACCACAUCCAUCAUGAAGCCCGUAGUAUCUGCCUUCAAUGCAUGGACAUGCAUUGUCAUCUCGAUUUUCGGCAUCGUCAUUUUAAGCACAAUAGGCGGCAUGUUCGCAUCCAACCAUCACAGCAUGAUGGGGAGCACAGAAGACCCGCCAGAUGGCAAGAAGGUCGCGACUGCAGUGUUCGGAGCAGUUGUAGUAUACGCUGUCUUUCUCCUGUUCUGCGGCUGCCAGGCGCUUAUGCACAAAAGACAAAGUGGACGUGGAGAGAUAGCGCUGCGAUAGGAGGAGUGGUGCGGAUGAUACGAAGCGAGCAAAGAGCACUGCGAACGAGCACUCGGGCGAUACAGCGAGGCGGCACAGCUUCCUUCAGAGUUGCUAAGACUCUUCACAUGACACCCAUAUAGAAUUGCGUCCUCAGCAAGAGCGACGACAGGUGGCGUCCCCGGAGCCGGAAUGAGGAAUCAAGAACGUUUUGAGAUGGAUUUAGCGGGUUUCGUUGACUUAGACUUGUAUAGCAGAAUAUCAUGAGCCUUGAUGUUC